UACGCGACAAAAAUAUCCUUGAGCAUUUCAAGUGGUACCGCGAGGACAUCUCACACAAGCUGCAGAAUAUUAACUAGAGAUAAUUUCUGAAUUUAGUAAUUCACACAGUAUUUUCAAGAUGUGUAAUGUAAAAGUGAUAAUAGUUCUUGUUUUCGUGGCGGCUGGAGCAAUAUGUAUUGGCGCAAAUAUGGAUGAAGUUAGUGAACACAUUAAAAGGGUUUCCCUAAGCAGGUAUCCUUGCCACGAUCCUCAACCCAAAGUGAUGUACCUGAGGGAAAUUAUUGGCGACGACCUGUGGGAGGAAAAGUACAAAAUGGACAUGAGAGAUAUACGUCCUUUCCACACAGUCCUUCACAGGUGCGAUGGUUCCGGGUGUUGCCCGAAAUACAAUCAAAGAUGCAAGCCGAGUGCUACCCAAACUGUAACACUGAACUAUUUGGUGAUAACCAAACAAAAGUUCGUAGAGUUCCAAGCAGAAAAUCAUACUUCCUGUGCAUGCGAAGUCAUCAGCGAUGAGCUUAUAAAAUAAAAAGUAUUAUAAGUGCAUAAGUUAGCAGUUAAGUGUAAUCGGUAUCUCGCUUGUGAUAAUGACAUAUCUGUGAUAUUAUUGUAAAUAUAAAUUAUUUAUUUUAAUUUUUGUAAAAUUGCGUUUUUGUCAAUAAAAGGGCAAUCGACUGUA